AACGACGAGCUCAUCUGGCAGUCGCUGAACGGGAACUUCUGCUCCUUCAAGAGCACGGUGUCGAAGACCCACAACUUCUGCCGCAACGAGCAGAACGUCACGGGCCUCUGCAACAAGAGCGCGUGCCCGCUCGCGAACUCGCGCUACGCGACGAUCCGGGAGAUCGAGGGCCGCUGCUACCUCAUGAUCAAGACCAUCGAGCGCGCGCACAUGCCCAAGAAGCUCUGGCAGAAGAUCAAGCUCCCCCGGAACUACGCGAAGGCGCUCGCCGUCGUGACGGAGGAGCUCGAGCACUUCCCCAAGUUCCUCCAGCACCGGAACAAGCAGCGCCUCACGCGCAUCUACCAGUACCUCAUCCGCAUGCGCAAGCUCGCGCUCCGGAGCCGGCCCCACAUGGCCGUCGUCCACAAGAAGGUCGAGCGCCGCGAGAACCGGAAGGAGGUCAAGGCGCUCGUCGCCGCGAAGCUCAACAAGUCCAUCGAGAGCGAGCUGCUCCAGCGGCUCAAGCAGGGCACCUACGGCGACAUCUACAACUUCCCCGAGAUGCACUACAACGCGGCCCUCGACUCCGCGCAGGAUUUGGAGCUCGCGGAGAUGGAGGCCGAGUACGAGGACGAGGAGGAGGAGGAGCGCCUCGUCGAGUACAUCGAGGCCGCCGAGGACUUCGAGAGCGACAUGGAGGACCUGGAGGACGUC